AUGGAUCCUUACGAUCUAGAACAAAUAACAAAGCUUUUUAGAGACGAAAUGAUGGAUAAUAGUGAUGAAGAAAUGUUUAUAAUGUUGCAAGAAUGGGAUCAGCAACAAAGUGAAGCAUCCGACAGCCGUGGACGGAGUCGAAGGUAUUAUAAUCGAGAAUGUGCAAUGGGACACGAUCGACUCUUCAAUGAUUAUUUUGCCGACAAUCCAGUUUACCCGGCAAAUAUAUUUCUUCGAAAAUUACGAAUGCGAAAAGCGUUAUUCCUUCAUGUAGUUGAAUCUCUUCAAAAUCAUUCAGAUUACUUCCAAAUGAGGGUUGAUGCAACUGGAAAAAGCGGACUUUCUCCGCUUCAAAAAUGCACUGCUGCUAUUCGUCAAUUAGCUUAUGACGCCCCAAUUGACAGUUAUGAUGACGCCAAUGCUGAGGAUGUUGAACGCUUAUUGCACUUGCAUUCUGAGCGCCACGACUUUCCUGGGAUGCUUGGGAGUGUUGAUUGUAUGCACUGGAAAUGGAAAAAUUGUACAGUUACAUUGAAAGGCCAAUUUACUCGAGGUGAUCAAGGAUCUCCAACAAUUAUGUUGGAAGCAGUUGCAUCAGUAUAUCUCUAUAUGGUCCAGUUCACAAUAAAUGGAACACAAUAUUCAAAGGCGUAUUAUAUAGCUGAUGGAAUCUAUCCGGAAUGGCCAACAUUUGUUAAGAGUUUUACAUAG